AUGGUCGACCGUGCAGUCUUAUACGAGGACUUGAGAUCCUCAUCUGCACAGAUCCGCCUCAUCAGGCUGAGACGGGAUGACACCAACAGCAGUGAACUGCCAGUGGUGAGCGGGGAGCUGGCAACAUUCUCGCUCAGCGACCCGCAAUGUCCGCCGUUCACGACAGUCUCAUACACCUGGGGCAACGGCAAGGAAUACGGCGACAGGCCUAUUCAGCUAAACGGCCAGGACAAGUUAGUUUUGAAAAAUGUGUUGGCGCUUCUUCGCAUGCUCUGCAGGAAUACCUCAUCCGAGGACUUUGAUCUCGCCGAAGAUUGGUUCUGGAUCGACUCGAUUUGCAUCAACCAGGACAACCUCGGCGAGCGCUCAUCACAAGUUAAGCUCAUGGGUCAGAUAUACCGUCAGGCAAAAGCCACUAUCGUUUGGCUAUGCGAAGGCUCCGAUGGAACGAACACAGCCAUUGAGCUACUAUCACAUCUCGCCGACCGAAGACACGACCUUCGAAAGGACUACAAGAAACGAGGAAAGCGAAUGCCUGCGGACUUGUCUGACCAUCCCGGCUGGAAACCCCUGGAAAGGAUUUUGGAGCUGCCUUGGUGGCGGAGAGUCUGGACGUUACAGGAGUUCCUGCUGGCAAAAGAAUUGACCUUCUAUUGUGGGGCUCAGUCUAUAUCACGUCGCCUGUUCCGCAAAGCUUUGCACUCACUUGAGCUGUGCGGUCCAUUGGAUGAUUAUAUCAGGAAAGCGGCAUGGACAACGGCAUGGAAUCGCCGACGCCUUAUUCAAUGGUACGAACAGGAUCAUAACCGACCCAAAAUGAGCCUUGUGUCCUUGAUGGCCUUCUGCGGAGACUACCAAACAACAGAUCCGAGGGACAGGAUCUGGGCUGUGCAUGGCCUCGCUCGGGAAGAAGACCGGCACAUGACCGGCCGUCCGACAUAUUGCUACGAUGAAAGGACCCUCUAUACCGGUCUCGUUCAGGCUUUCCUGGAAAGGUACAAGAGCCUAGAUAUCAUCUGCUUCGCGCAGUUAUUUCAAAGCCAAGAGGACGGCUGGCCGAGCUGGGUCCCUGACUGGCGUGUCUCGUGUCCGCCAUAUGUGGUACCUCUUAUGGUCAGUCAAAGCGCCAGUGAUGCUCUAGCGAACUUUAGACCUGUCGCGGGCCCGGCGAGAGGAGCCAAGAAAUUGAAAAGAAUAACUGCCUAUAGGGCUUCCGGCGCUGAACUAUACGCCGCUGACUCGAGAGACAUGUUCAACCAUCUGAGCUGCCGAGGAAUCGUGAUUGACUCAAUCGAUGGAAUGGGGGGUAUCCUGUCACAGGAUGAUCGACUGAUAACAAGAUGCACCCCAUCUACAUCACCAGUCAAUAUCUCAACUGAAAAUUCAGACCACAAGGAGGAUUUGUUUGAUGGGGUCGUCCGCUGCAUAGUACUCAACCGACAGGACAAAUAUCUCGAGUCCCGUGCACCUGUUGCAGAAUACGGCAGGGAGAUGCGACAGCUCGCCAAACUUGCCGAUAGUGGUGGUGAGCCUGGGCAGCUAGGACCAGCGUGCUUUUGCAGUUUUGUCGGAGAGUGUUACAUGGAUGGACUCAUGGAUGGAGAGGCUCUGGCCUUGGGAAGGGAGCUCCAGGACUUCAAAAUUCAGUGA